UGUGCUUGUCCUGGGGCGGCAAGGGCCGAGCCGCUCCGUGACCGACACCGCCGCGCACAAAAUGGCGGCGACCCCCGCGGGCUGCGCGCGCAGCGCGGUCGGGCUCGCUGACGUCGAAAACAUAGGCCGGGCCAGGAAGCAGGCUGUGGAGGCUGCGCGGGUAGCCCAGUUGGAAUGUUCUACUCUGGGGACGGAGAGAGGGGUGCCCGCAGCCCAGCGAUACCAGUCGGGGUAUGCAUGCCACUGCUGCCUCCCGGGUGGACUCAGAACUGCUUGCCCGAUUGCCAGCCUGAUUGCCUUCCGUGACGAGAUCACUGGCUCUGUGGAUAUGGGGACAGUGGUGGAUGUGAUAUAUCUUGACUUCAGCAAAGCUUCUGAUAGGGUCUCCCACAGUAUUCCUGCCAGGAAGUUACAAAAGUAUGGGCUGGAUGAAUGGACUGUGAGAUCUAUCCAUCCUGCCAAUGAGGGGCAUUUUCCUAUUGGUGGCCUAAAGUCAACUGACAGAAUGGCAUACCUGUUGGGCAAUCCAAACUGCAUGGAGAGCUUGAGGAAGGACAUCACCGAUCUACAAGGAGCCAUUAUUGAUGUCUUCUCCCGGGCUGGGGCAGUGCGUUAUCCCUCCUGGAAGUUCCCCAAUAAAGUGUCCUGUGAUCUGGAUCUGGUGGCUUUGCUGGAGCAUUACGACUAUGUGGAAAAUGACCCUGAAUUUACCCAGCAUUCCCAUGUAAUGCUCCUCGAACUGGUGAUUGACAGGUGA